GCAAAGAAUGUUUGAGAUGCCAUUCUCCCUGCGCCUUACCCUCGCCUCCACCCUACCGGAAGCCCGCAUCCAUUCGUUCGUGGCCCUGGGGUUGGACGAAAGUCUACGGAGGGGGCGGGGCUGAGGAAGGGGGCGGGACUGGGAGAAGCCCCCAGUCUACUCUGCAGACUGAGGCCGCAGGGGCCGCUGGGGGCUCCUCCCAGGGCCUGUGCGCGUGCGUGCGCCCGAGGCUCGCCUUGGCCUUUAGGAGACCCAGAGGGGCGGCGGCGUUGGCGUUUAAUAGGCGGGUGUGGUCACGGUUUCUUAGUUCCGGCGUGAUUACCCACGCCGCCUCUUUCCGCCCGCUAGGCCAGAGACCUCCGUGGCUCCUGUCGGAACUGGCGCCUGGGUGUGAGUGAACAGAGUGCCGGCUGGGAGCUGUGCCCGCAGGUACCAGAAUGUUGGCUUUGUAUCUGAAGCUCCUGGAACUUUUCUCUUAUUGAGAUAGAUCUUGGUUCAAAUCACAUUGCAUAUAUAUAGUACACAUGUGCUUCACCCAAGAAUUAUUAGAAUCCUCUAGUAAAACAAAUUGGAACUAUAGUGGGAGUUCUAUCUGGGAAGAUGCAGCCUCUGAACAAGUUGAUGGCUAUCUCAAAACCUCAAAGCCUGACUCUACAUGAACAAAGUGAGGCCCUGAAAGCACAUGUGUCUUGGCAGCAGGAAUCCAUCCCAGUCAUGGAAACAUGUGACUCUGAGGCCUCUCGUCGAAAGUUCAGACAUUUCCAGUAUUUGGAUGUGUCUGGACCUCAUGAAGCCCUGUGCCAACUCUGGAAGCUCUGUCUUCAGUGGCUGAAACCAGAAGUUCAUACAAAGCAACAGAUCCUAGAGCUGUUGGUGCUGGAACAAUUUCUGACAAUUCUCCCUGAAGACAUUAGGACUUGGGUGAAUUUACAACAUCCAAAGAACAGCAAGGAAGUGGUGACCCUCAUAGAGGAUGUGAUUGGAAUGCUUAAAGAUGAAGAGACACCCUGCAAGGAUUCUGUCCCGCUCCAGAAGGGGAGCAUCAAGGAGAAAAUGGAAGCUGACUCACUGACUAGCAAUUCCCAGGAACCAAUAUCAUUCAAAGAUGUGAUUGUGGAAUUCAGCAAGGAAGAGUGGGGACAACUGGACCCUGCUGUAAAGAACCUGUACAGGGACGUGAUGCUGGAGAACUAUAGGAACCUGAAUUCAUUGCAUCAAGAACAUGUAUUUUCCAAACCAGCUGAGCUCUCUGAGUUGGAAGGUAAGGACAGAAGAUGGAUAAUAGAGCAAGAAAUCCCAAGCACAUCUUUUUUUGACAGAGAGGUAAUUUCAGAAAACCAAGAUUCAGUUACAAAGGAGAGAAUUUCUGGAGAAUCAUCGUCUCGUGGAGAAAUUAUGAGAAGACUGACCAAAAGUGGACCCCCUUCUUCAGAUGAUUGGAUGAGUGAUGAUUGGCUAUACAGGAACCAGGAACACUGGGACAUAAAUUUGCCAGAAGAAGCUUUUGUUCACAAGACAGUCUACACUGAGGAGGGAAACUUUGAAGGUAGUGAGAAUAAGAAAAGCUUAGAUGUUGAGUCAGUUAAUUCAAUUUUUGAUAUACAACAGGGAAUUCCUAUGAAAAAGGGGUUCUCAAAAUGUAAUAAGUUUAAAACUAACUUCAAAUUUAAUUUAGAUUCAGUAGGUAAGCAACAUUUAGAAUAUAAUAAAUGUGGAAAUGCCUUGAGCCUGAGUAUAGACAUUCAGCACCCAGAAAGUCAUACCUUAGUGAAUUCCUAUGAAUGCUAUCAAUGUGGAAAAGCCUUCAGCCGGAGUUCAUCUGUCAUUCGACAUCAGAUCAUUCACACAGGAGAGAAACCCUAUAAAUGUAGUGAAUGUGGGAAAUUCUUCAACAGACGUACAAAUCUUACUAAGCAUCAAAAAAUUCAUACUGAAGCAAAGGUCUGUGAAGGCAAUAAAUGUGGAAAAGCUUUCAGUGAGAGUAAAAAUAGUAAUAAAAAUUCAAGACUUUAUUCUGGAGAUAAUCCCUACGAAUGUGUUAACUGUGGAAAAUCCUUCAGCCGGAGCUCCUCCCUUAUUCGACAUCAAAUGAUUCAUACAGGAGAGAAACCAUUCAAAUGUAAGGAAUGUGAGAAGACCUUCAAUAGGAGUUCAAACCUUAAAAAACACCAAAAACUUCAUACUCAAGAGAAGGAAGAAACCCAGGAUUACCUACAUCAAUGAAUUUAUACUGGAGGGAAUCCUGUGAAUGUAGUAAAUGCAAUAAAACGUUUGUCAGGGAUUAUUCCUUAAUUGAUAUGACAGAACUAUAUUAGAGGGAAAUAUUUUAUUGGGCAUAUAUCUGUCUGAGCUUUUCCAGUCUCCCAAAGGAAGCCACAAGGGUAUGGAGUUUAAAUAUAUCACCAUAAAGUCUUUGCCUAUCAUGAUUUUGAUAUCAUGGCUAUCAUCAUUUCUACUUCAUAAAUGGGACCUAUGGCUUUCAUAUAUUCACCUAAUUUAUUGAAGUAGGGAGGAGCCAAGCAAUACCCUUAGAGUUGAUAUUUAAUAAAACUCAAACUUUCAGUCCUUAUGAGAAGGUCAUGAGAAACCACGAGCUCACAAGAAUAUAGGAAGACUACUAACGAAGAACUGAACUCUGAAUUAAUGACAGAGACCAUAGUGACAGCAAAUUACUCCAUCCUUGAUAAUAUCCUUGGCUGUCCUGGUGCUGAGUGGGACCUAGAAUUGGUAGAGGGUUAUCAACUGCAAUGGGAAGUAGAGUAACAAAUCUACAUGUAGUCUUCAAGUCUGCAUUUUUAAAAGUACUCUUUGGGAUAUAGGCUAGAGAGACAUCCAUAGCCUUGGGUUUGGAUGGGUUUGGAAUAUCAUUUAUUCCAUUUAUUCCAUUUAUUCCAAACAUUAAGAGGUCAGUAAAGUGUGUUAAUGCCCUGUAUUAAAUAAUACUCUGGAUACUAGAACUUCCUCUUUCUUCUGUAAGCUACUUCAGGAUCCCAAACAGUGUUCAGCCAGGAGGCUUAUCUUAAUCUGCCUCAAAAUGUUCAUAUUGGAGACAUUCCCAAUGAAUGAAUGGUGGCUUGUAAAACUCAUAUCUUAUUCAAAAACAGAAAAGGUAUACUGGAGUGUGAACACUUAUGAUGAGUUAAUGUGGAAAUUAUUCUGUGUUCAUUUGUUUUAUGGUUUCAGGUCUUCAAUCCAUUUUUUAUUUGUGUAUGUGUAUGGUUUAAGAUAGUGGUCCAUUUUCUUUUUUGCAUGUGGCUGUCCAGUUUUCCUAAUACUGGUUAUUGAAGAGACUGUCCUUUCCCCAUUGUAUAUUCUUGGUUCCUUUGUGGUAAAUUAAUUGACCAUACAUAUGUGUGGGUUUAUUUCUGGGCACGCUGUUCUCUUCCAUUGUUCUGUGUGUCUGUGUUUUUGCCAGUACCAUACUGUUUUGGUUACUAUAGCUUCAUAAUAUAGUUUGAAAUUAGGAAGUGUGAUGCCUCCAGCUUUGUUCUUUCUCAAGUUUGCCUUGACUAUUCAGGAUCUUUUGUAGUUCCAUACAAAUUUUAGGAUUUUUUUUCUUUUUCUGUGAAAAAUGCCAUUGGAAUUUUGAGAGGGGUUGCAUUGAAUCUUUAUAUUCUUUGGGUAAUUUUAACAAUAUUAAUUUUAACAAUAAUUCAGUCAAUGAGCAUGGAAGAUCUUUGUGUUUGUGCCUUCUUCAGUUUCUUUAAUGAAUGAAUGAUAGUUUUCAGCGUAUAGAUCUUUCGCUCCUUGGUUAAACUUAUCCACAGGUAUUUUAUCCUUUUCAUGAAGUUGUAAAUGGGAUUUUGUUUUAUUUAUUUGUUUAUUUUGAGAGUAUGUGUACGGAGAGGGGCAGAGAGAGAGGGAGAGUGAGAGAAUCCCAAGCAGGCUUCAUGCUCAUCGGGGAACCUGACAUGGGACUUGAACCCAAGAACCAUGAGAUCAUGACCUGAUCUGAAAUCAGGAGUCAGAUGCUUAACCCACUGAACCACCCAGUGCCCUUGAAAUGAGAUUUUUGUCUUAAUUUCUUUUUCUGAUAGUUUAUUAUUAGUGUAUAGAAGGCAACUGAUUUUUUUUUUUUUUAAGUGUAAAUGUGUAAACUGUCCUCAGGGAAAAAUACUGAGCUAUAUUAGAUUGUAAGGAUAGGACUAACAGCUCAUGUUGUGCCAUAGACUUGUAUCACUGCUGUGAGAGAAAUCUGUGCUGUGUGCGCAGGGAGUUCGUAGAAGACAAACAUAGGACUCUUCUUUCAGCUUUUACAGUGAACACAUUUCUGGCACCAUGUACCUCACCAUGUGUGGUCUGAAGUAGUCAUCCAGCUCUUUACUGGGCAUUGAUGCUUACCAGAAAUCCUUCUGCUUCCCCCAACUGCAGUCCUUUCCAUUUCCCACCCUAUUUUAGACCUUUCCUGCUCUCCUCACCUUCUUAAAUCAGCACACCCAGCUCCCGUACGAUUAGCUUGCUUCCAUUGAAGAAGUUGGGUACCAUCAGACAAAACCAUCUCCACAUCCUGCCAUCAAGCCUUCAGAAUGCAGUUCUCCAUAACCAUGGAAGAACUGUCCUUCCAUACCAUGUCCUCUAAAUCCUGCCUUUUUCACUUUCUUAGAAUAAUCACUCCCACAAUCACCUCUCCUUUUAGGUCUUUAAAUUCAGCUUCUAUAUUUGGCAUCUUCUCAUCGGUAUUUAAAAAUGCUUAAAUCGGCGUGCCUGGGUGGCUCAGUCAGUUGAGUGUGCAGCUUUGGCUCAGGUCAUGAUCUCUCAGCCCAUGAGUUCGAGCCCCACGUCGAGCUGACAGCUCAGAGCCUGGAGCCUGCUUCAGAUUCUAUGUCUCCCUCUCUCUCUGCCCCUCCCCCGCUCACAUUCUGUCUCUCUCUCAAAAAUAAACAUUAAAAAAAAAAAGAUAUACAGAUGCUUAAAUCACCUCUACCUUGAAAAACUAGAAAAGGAACAUAGCAAAACAAAAACUUCUCUGCUCCACUACCCAUAGCAAUUACAGUUCUCUUUCGUCUCCAUGCCAGCCACACUUCUAGGAAGUUUUGUCCGUACUGGUUCACUGCCCACUGACUCCUCAACAACCUGCAAUCUGGUCAUAGUCCUCUUACCUUUAAUGAAAGAGUGCUAACAAAGUAAUCAACUGCUUCUUUUUUGGAACCUAGCAUACUUUUCAGCCUUUAUUUUCCCUCACUUUCAUCUCCGUAUGGUGUUUAACUCUAUUAAUGGCUCCCUUUUUCUUGAGGUACUUCCUUCCCUUGGUUUUUAUGUCAUUACAGUAUCCUGAUUUUCCUUUCACAUCUUUGACAGUAGUUCCUCCUUGGUAUCUGACAAUCUGUCCAUGUGGUGUUGCUCUUCAGGGUUCUUGUCUUCAAUUAUUAUCUCUUCAUGGGGGAUCUCAAGCCAAAAUAUCUUCCCCAGGUUCUAGACCUAUAAGACAUCUCCAUAUGGAUGGCCCAUAGGCCAUUCAGCCUCAGGUCAGAGAAUGGACCAGUUGUCCAGACUCAAAAACCUGCCCUUUCUCCUUGGGCCCAUACUCCAUAACCCAUUCUGCUAGUUGUUAUCCAAUAUAUUUAUUCACUCCACUUUCACUGCUACAGAAUUUUAGCUGGACACACAGCCACCUAACUUUUUAUAUAUUUAUUUAUGAACAGAAGUGAUGUGUGUCACUUCCAGGUCUUGCGUUCAAACAGCUAGGCAUCAUUCUAUUCUGAAUCCUUUCCCUCUCCCUGCUGGCUGGAAACAAGGAAAACCGUAGUAACUGCACUGGACUACAAGUGGAAACCAGUGUUGACAAUGGAAUCCUAGGCCACCCAUCUCCCUCCAGAUUGUUAGAAAUAAACUUCAGUCAUAUAUAAGCUACUGGUUUUGCUUUGUUAGUUUCUUUUGCACCACAGGUUGCCCUGUACCUUAGUGAAUAUACUCACUAAAUCUUUUAGACUCUUCCUUGUACCUAUCUGCAUGCAUACACACACACACACACACACACACACACACACUGGUACUAUAUUUCUAUUUCUGGUUACUGUCCUCUCCCUUACAUUACUUCAACUGUGCUUCUGCCUUGAAAAUUUGUAAAAUGCAGGCAGAGGAGCUUUCUGAAAUACAAAUUUUGAUUAUUGCACAUAAAUGCUUAAACCUUUCAAAGACUCCCCAUGAACUUUUAGGUGAAAUCUAAACUCUGAAAUGACUUAUCUUGCCUUUCACGUUCUAAUGUUCUUCUUGCACUGCACCCUUUGCACUCCAUGUGUCAGUCAUGCAAUAGCUUUCAGCUUCCCAUCUACUGCAUAUGUUUUAGCUCUAGUAUUUUCCAUAUGAUAUUUCCUAUUCAUGGAGACCUCUUUAUCCAGCUAUUUUUCACUCCUUCAGGUUCAACUAAAGAGGUUUCUUCCUCUAGAAAGCCACAUCUGACAAGACUGAGAAGACUUGAAAAUCUAUGUGCUAAAUUCAACAUACUUACACAUUUAUAGCAUUACAGUAAUCCUCUCACAAUUAUUUUAGACUGUACCCCUUACUACUUAGUGUGGUUUGGAGGGAGGCAAGUAUUCCAUAAAAAGUAUUAUACUUGCCAGCAACAAAUAGUAGUACUGAGUAAGUAGGAAAUAGACCUGACCACUUAUUUUUUACAUCUCAUUGUAAAAUGAUGAAGAUGCUUUUAAAUGAAUACUAAGGACCCCACUAUAACAUCAGUACUUUUUUCAAGUUUCUGUAUUUCUUUUAAUAAAAAAAAUACUUCUAUUGUUCACCCUGAACUAUGAUUGAAUUUGAUUAGAAGCCUUUACUGGGCUCUAUUUGCUAUCAUCUUCAUAGAUGUGAGCUUUGAAUUUAGUAAUUUACCAGUACUAGUUCUGCUCUAUCAAUAUUCACCAAGUACUUGAUAUCCAAGUUGUUUUCUCUUGCUCUCAUUACUUCAUUUUGAUGUUGUAAUGGCUGAAAUUUAAAAGAAAGAUCCACAAUUGCCAUAGACAUUAUAUGCCACCCUAGCAAGUGAGGAAAAUCAUAAGAGAUUACAGAAUUUUCCUUUAUAUCUUCAUUGAGGCAAAAUGGUAACAUCUCAGCGGGUUUGACUUCUGAAUGAAAAUGUGUAAGAGGGGGAGCAGAGGGAGGAGAAUGUAGGGACAGCCCCAUUUGUAGUCUUGAGAGAUCACUUCUCUAGGAGAGACACUAUAAAGUGGUCUGAACUCCCACCCCUUUGAGGGGAUAGAUGGAUUCCAAACCCGUCCAUCAUUCCCAGAAUUUGUUCUGAGCUCACGUUGGAAGUUCUGAGACCUAAUGUGUAGUAAGUGCGUCUACAAUUCAUAGCUUCAGCCUAUCAACAAAAACAAGAAAUCAAGCCUAAACCUCUGAGGCUUGCCCUGGAAGCACCUCCAGUGUGAGAGGGCAAGGCAGGCUGGGAGGCUCCAAGGGCCAGCCCACUAUAGAAACAGUACUGGACUCUAUCCCUAAGGCACUCUUAAAUGAAGAUAGCCUUGAGGUUUUAUCCCAGCCGGAAGUCACUGCCCCCGUGGGGCCUUGGCGGGGCAGGGAGACCAGAAGUGUAGACUCAUCCAUCCUCUUGCUCCAGCGCGGUGGGAUUCUGCCCGCUAGGUCGUUUUUCCUCUGCAUCCAAGUUGGCUUUGUGGUCCUGGAAACCACAAGCUUUCCUCGGAAAAUUGGGGUAACCCUUCUGACUUUUGGGCUUCUCUUCUCUUACACUUGUAAUUAGAAGUGUACCAUGACCUCUAGUCCGCAGUGCCAUGAAAACCGUUGUCAUUUGAUGUCUGAAGACUUUGUGAGGUUUCCAGCUGGACCUCUCCACUUGGGGUGGACAUUUUAGAGCCAGGAAUUCCCUUGACUAUAGUGUGCACUUAAUAGGACCUUUCUUGAAGUGAUUGUGAAAUUAAAAUGAUAUCAAACUGUUAAGAUUUCACAGAAUGAGUGUGCUGUGAAAGUUAUACUUUAUUAUAUGGUAUGCACUAUUCUAGAGAUAAAAGUUCAUUAGGCGGCUUUAAGACUCUUACUUCGAUCUCUGUAAUUUACAGCUAAGGAUACUUAAACUCAGAGAAAACAAAUGAUUAUCUGAAUGCCAUGCCAUCAAUAAAAGACCCUAGGUUAAACACAGAGUCCUUCAGAUCUUUCAGCCACUGUGCUUUUUUCAAAAAAAAAAAAAAAAAAUGUUAAAGUUCUAAUUCAUUUGGAAUUUAAUGUUUAGUGGAAGACACCUGUACACUUGACUCAUAGUGGUCUGUAUUCUAAGUUCUAGAACAUGCGAAGAUGAACAAAAACACAUUACCAUUUGGAGUCGAUUGCAUAUUUUUUCAGUCAUGUGCAUAGCCUAGUACAAUAUUCAGUAGGUAUUAAGAUUUAAUUAAUUUGGUAGGCAUUUCUAGCAGAUCUGCUAGACUCUGAUAGUUGGCCUGAUGAUAGUCUGCAUGACUCCCAGUACACACUGAUCCAAUGAUUACAAAUUUGGCAUUAGGUAGAAAUAUAUCUUGUUUUCAUAGUAACUGAUGUGAGCUCAGGCAACCUAGCUCUUAACCACCAGGCUGUACUAAUUCCUAAGAGUCCAUAUUUUGCUAACUCUGCUUGAAACACUUACCCAACUCCCUUCCCCUAACUCCUUCCCAGGUUAUUUCAAUUUAUUCAAUCUAAGAUUAGAAUCACACCCUAACUCCUCCCCAAGGUUGGGCUUAACUAGUCCCAUGGCACAAUUUGAGCUUUAUAUUAUCCAGAUGAAAAAAACCCUACAUCUUGAGGAGUAGCUCAAACUCCAACAUGAAAUCAUUUAUCUAGACAGAAUAAUUUCACUCUUCUAAAACAUUGUGCUCAACUACAAGUUUUUACAACCAAUUCCUCCUGUCUGUAAACUAUUUUGGCCUGCUUUUUACGUAUUAAAAUGCUAUCAAAAGCCCAAUUUUGAAACUACUUUCUGACAUAUUCAUCAUAUUCAAAUUAUAUCCAAAAUUUAUUUCUCUCACUUCUGUUAACACUGGGUUAACACUUCUCUCUUGUAGACAUUACUGCAAUACCUCCUUGGAAUCCUUGCUUUGGCUCCAGUCCCUCCCUUCAGUCAAUUCUUAGAACCUUCAGAGUGACCCUGUUAAAAUGUAAAGUUAAAUCAUGUCCUGUAAAACCCUCCAGUGGCUUUUCACACUAUCUUUAGCCUUAUUUUUUUAAUGAGUAUGUUUUCCAGAUUUACUCUGGUGAGCACACUAAGGGAAAAAUGAAAACAAUUAACAAAGAAAAUUGGCUUGGGGCACCUGGGUGGCUCAGUUAGUUAAGCAUCAGAUUCGGUUUCAGCUCAGGUCAUGAUCUCACUGUGAUUUAGAGCCAUACAUCUGGGCUCUGUGCUGCCAGCGUGAAGCCUGUUUGGGAUUCUCUCUCUCUCUCCUUCUCCCUCUCCCUCUGCCCUCCCCCUCUCAUGUGCUCGCGCAUGCUCUCUCUCUCAAAAUAAAUUUAAAAAACAUAAAAGGGGGUGCCUGGGUGGUUCAGUCAGUGAAGUGUUGGACUCAGUUUUGGCUUGAGUCAUGAUCUCAAAGUUUUGUGGGUUUGAGCCCUGCCUCGGGCUCUGUGUGAGUGACACAGAGCCUGCCUGGGAUUCUCUCUCUCUCUGCCCCUUCCCCGCUCAUGGGGUCUCUCUUUCUCAAAAUAAAUAAAACUUAUAUAAAAUAAAAAACUGCUUCCUACUGUCAAAACUCAUUGACUAAAUAGUCUUGUGACCUCCGUUCUUACUCAUUCUCUUCUUACUCUAACAACAUAGCCAAUCUCCACACUGUUGUUAAAGUCAUCUUUUCAAAAUGAUAGUGUUGCACCUUUGUUUAAGAUACUGUAAUGUUUCUGGGGUGCCUAGGUUGCUCAGUUGAGCAUUGGUUUUGGCUUAGGUCAUGAUCUCAUGGUCAUGGGACCAAGCCCUGCAUUUGGCUCCAUGCUGAGUGUG